AGUACAUAGACCAUGAUGGAAUGGAGUCUUACCCCACCAUGAGCUCCCACCCUGACUCCUUGAUGAAGAAGAUCACUCUCCUCCAGCAUUUCCGAAGUUACAUGAAUGAACACCUGCAGAAGGCAGGGGCCACCAUGACGGCAGGGGCCAACACCACACCCCGGGAAGGUGAUGAGCUGGCCCGGCUGCCCUACCUGAAAAAAUGGCUCCGCACAAGCCGCGCCAUGGUCCUGCACCUCAGCAAUGGCACUAUACAGAUUAAUUUCUUCCAGGUGUGCAGGGGCCUGUACUUGAGGUGGCUGGGUGGGGUGGAAGUGCUGUCCCUUUCACCAGGUGGGGGGCCUUCCUCCCCUUUGCCUCAACCUCAGGCCCCAGCUGAGCUUUUCACUCACUCCCUUCUUCCCUCCAAGGACCACACCAAACUUAUCCUGUGCCCCAUGAUGGCAGCUGUGACCUGCAUCAACAAGAACCGGGACUUCCACACAUACAGCCUGAGCCUUCUGGAGGAAUAUGGCUGCUGCGAGGAACUGGGCAGACAGCUAUGCUAUGCCCACACCAUGGUAGACAGGAUGCUGAGCUCAACGUCUCCCAGCAGCAGACUGGAGGACAACACCUAGGCCUCUGUCCUUUGGGCUGGUGCCCUUCACU